AUGAUCUAUGGCUAUAAUACCUGUACCUCCCAGGUUCGCCGACUGCAUUUGGUCUGGCAGGUAAAGCUGAUCAGUGAGAUUAUUGCAGCUCAGGAUCUGCUAAAUAAUCUAUUGAAGGACGACAUCAUGGAUGACGGCUAUAUACUCAACAUCUCAAUUUACGUUGCGAGCGGCCUUGAGUGGAACGAAGUACCCUUCGGUCAUCACAAACGAGUAUUUCUUUACCAAGGAAUACCAAAUUAUGGAAAUGUAAUCUCGCAUGAGGCGUCCGGAGAGCAGAUUGAGAGAUUGCCCAACAUCCGGGAUGAGCAAGGUCGAACGCUGGUGAUGGUUUCCACAACAGAUAAACUUCGGGACGAAAUACGGGAGACGGUACGGGAACACCUCCAUCAGGGGUUAAAGCUUUCAGAACUGGAGUUCCAGCCCAGAGCCGAUUGA